AUGCCACAGUCGCAGCAAUCGACAAAGCUGAUGGGUGUUUUGGCCGGGUAUCAAUUACAACCCACUCCUGCCCCCGUUGCAGCCGCCCAGGUCGCUCCGGGCCGGUUGCAGCCUCCUAUCUCGAUCCUCGCUCAGUCGGAUCCUCGGCCAGCUAUACCGCCCAGCUCAUCCCGCCCGGCUGUUCCACCCCUCAACCCAUCCCGCUUGGCUGGUCCGCCUGCCAGCCCGUCCCGCUCGGCUGGUCCGCCUGCCAGCCUGUCCCGCUCGGCUGGUCCGCCUGCCAGCCCGUCCUGCUUGGCUGGCCCACUUACCAGCCCCUCCCGCUCGGCUGUUUCACCCACCAGCCCUCAGUCUACUUAUUAUCCCCUCGCUGCUUUCUUGGGUCACGCUAAAUCUCAAGUUCCUGUAGUCUUGAAUAACCCUUCUGUUCCUCCUGCAGCUCAGAAUGCAUCAAAGCCCCUGCCCUCUAGCAGUCUUUUGUCUGCCUUCUUCGGCAGCCAAUCAAUUGCAGAAGAAAAAUCGCAGCUGUCCGAUGAGCAACCCGCAGCGCCUCCCAUCACUCGGCCAUCCCCAAAGCCUUCCACAUUCUGGGGCUCAUAUCUGAUGGGAUCCAAGGCCUCAGCUGUGCGCUCUUCCACUCCAGCCAACAACCAGAAGAUGCCUUGA